UCGAAAAAAGAGAAAAAAAUUCACCCCAAACUCCCUUUUCAAUUCCGUCCCAUAGAAGAAAAGUUGCUGCGGGAGCCACGCCCCCUUCCCUCCCUCCGCUCCUGCGAUUGGCUCCUUCGCACGGCGCUCGGCCCCGCCCACUCCUCCUCGGCCCCUAUAAAUAGCUGGUCCUGCUCGACGGCGCGGCACUUGCAGCGCUUCGUCCGUCUCGCUGCGCGCCUGGAUUCCCAAUUUUUUCUCGCUUUUCCUCCUCCGCCGCCUCGACCCUUCGCGCAGCCAUGAAGGUGGCCACCGCCGCAGCGCCCGCCGUGUCGCCCGGCCCCAGCUGCGCCCUGAAAGGCGUGCGCCUGGGCUCCGGGGGCGCGGGCGAGCCGGUGUCGCGGUGCCUGUCGGAGCAGAGCGUCUCCUUGUCCCGGGCCGGCAGCCCGCCGCCCCCUCGGGGCUUGCCCCUGUGCCCGGAACAGGCAGCCGCCGCCGCCUCGCUGCUCAUGGACAUGAAGGGCUGCUACUCGCGCCUGGCCGGGCUGGUGCCCACCCUGCCCCGCCACCGACGGGUCUCCAAGGUGGAAAUCCUCCAGCACGUUAUCGAUUACAUUUGGGACCUCCAGCUGGAGCUGCAGCACCCGCUGGGCGCCGGACCGACCCCGCAGAGGGCCACGGACGACCCGGCCGGAGCAGUGCCCGAGGCUGCUUGUGUGAAUGCUGACGACCGGAUCCUGUGCCGCUGAGGGCCAGUCGGAGCCUGCAGAACGUCCUUGGAAGAAAUGGCUUUCCUGUUGCUCCUCCAAUGGCAGGGGAAGGAAUUCUCUCCUCUCCCAAAGGACUAGGUUCCAGUGGACUUAGGCAGAGAGACUGCAAAGGACAUUUUUUACCGGAGGUGAAGGAGAGUUGAGAUCAACAGCCUCUGCCCCACUUUCCCCGUGUUGAAAGGGUGCCACGUGGGUGUCUCUUAGCGCGAAAGAGGAACCAGCGCCGCUGAACUCAAACUGAACUCCAAAGCAGCACCCUCUAUGGAAGGGGUUUAAUGCUUAAGACGGGCAGUGCUUGUUCUUUGUUUAAGAAAAGAGAAAAGCAGCGUGUUGUAACUCUCUCCAAAAUACUUCUCAGAUUUCUGAGAAUCAUUCUUGUAUUGUAUAUUACAAUGAUAAUGUUUUCCCCCUGAGAAUAUUGUUCUACAAUAGUUUGAGGUUUUUGUUAUUAAAACAAAUGCAUAUUGCGACAAAUGGUC